UGCUUUGGAAUCUUCGGACUGUGUUUUUCGUCAACUUUUUAUCUGAGAAAUGGCACCAAAUACAGAAUCUUAUAAUGAGGAUGAGCUGGAAGCGCCCUCUUGGCUAGACUUUCAAUUCUUCAAAGACGUGCUGAGCGCCCAUGAAAAUGAUGAUCAAGUGGAGAUAAUUGACAUUCAGAUCACACCUGCGACAGCCAAAGGCGAUCACUAUGCGAGCAUCAUGUUUAGAGCUGCCGUGGAGUAUAAAAGCAGAAAGGGGGACAAGUCCUUCAAGUCGCUGAUCAUUAAGACCAUGCCUGAGCAAGACGGCCACAAGAAGCAGAUGCUGAGUGAGUCGCAUAUAUUCGAUACCGAGAUUAACAUGUACUCGACGAUCCUGCCCAAGUUUGAGCAAAUACUGCUUGAGGUGGGAGAUAAGACGAAAUUGCACGGGCCUUGCAUCUAUUAUAGCCUGAAGCCACGACAGGUAAUGGUAUUUAAUGAUUUAUUGGAACAGGGUUAUACUGUACUUCGUGAUCGGGAGCCGACUUUUGAGGAGGUUCGUUGUGCAUACUUGAAGCUGGCCAAAUGGCAUGCUGUGAGCUAUAAAUUGAACAAAGAACAACCAGAAAUCCUAAAGGAUCUCAGCUACAGUUUGUUUGACCUGCCCAAAAUCGACGAAGAUAAAUUCUUCUUGAAUGGGAUGAAUAUAUUCAUCAAAAUGCUCGAUGCUGUACCAGAUCUGACUGAAUAUAAGCCAUAUUUCGAGAAAAUAUUACCACACUAUGUGCAACGCUGCAGGGACACUUUAAAGGAGUACAGACAAAAUCCCCAAGAAAAUGCUUUUUAUGUACUGUGUCAUGGCGACUUUCAUGUGAAGAACUUAAUGUUUAAGUACAACAAAGAAGACGGAACAAUUGAGGACUGUAUGCUGUUGGACUUCCAAAUGAGCAAUGUGGGUCCUAUGCCUAAUGAUAUACUUUACUCUAUCUAUCAGAUGCUGUCGCCAGAGCAACGGCAAAAUCAGCGCGACGAAUUGAUUUACAUUUACUUUUCGACUUUCACGGAUACCUUAAAAAAAUUAAAUUUUGAGGGCGAGCUUCCCACUUUAGUCGAGUUUCGAAAACAGAUAUUUCGACAUAAGUAUUAUGAAUUCUUUUUGCUGGUAACAUUCUUGCCUGUGAUGACUGCAAUGAAGGGAGCAAACUUUGAGAUAUCUAAAAUGAUAGAAGAUAGAGAACUAAGAUUGGGUCUCUACUAUAAUGAGGCCUAUCUAGAGGAUGUUAGAAAUAUUCUGAAACGCUAUUUAUAUCUGGGCUAUUUUGAUGAUCUGGAAUAAAUGCUAUUAAAUUGCAGGAAAUGUAUAUUAUAUAAAAAGGAAAUA